CUCCUCCACAGCCUCGCCCCCUUCUCCCUUUCCCCCCUUCAGCCCCGAGGAUGGAGAGGAGCUUCCCCAUGGCUUCGGCCACCGCAGCCGCCGCCUCCUCCGCUUCUCCUCCAUCCCCCGCUUGGGCCUACAGCAGCAAGCCCAGUUUAAGCUUUGGAGGAGGACAUCCAUCACACUCAGAAGCAGAUCUUCUUCACAGACAAACAUAUGUAGCUUCUCAUCAGCUACCUACAUACGCUACUACACCCCACCCUGCAGGUCUUUCUGGCAUUUUUGAUAACACUAUGCACAGCAACAGUACCAGCACUAAAGAAACUUCAGUUAUGAAUUUUCUCUCUGCAAUUGAAUCCCGCAAUGCUCAGGCUGUUUCUUCAGGAACUACUCUUUUACCACAGUUUCGAGCUCCAACUUGGCAGCCAGCUAUGCAUUCAUCAACUGAACUUUUUGUUACUGGAGCCUUGCCAGCCUCUGGAACCUUUCCACCAACUUCAGCUUAUCAGCAUCCCAGUGCUUUUGGCAGUAGAAACUUUGCUACUACUCCUUCUCUAACACUUCAGGAUGCAACUUUCAGUGCAACAUCAAAUGGGCUUUUAACUGCUCAUGACCCUUUGUUGCAGAUUAAGACAUCCCAAGGCACUGUUCCUGCUGCAUUGACUUUUGAGCGCCUAGGCAGUUCUGUGUUAAGUACCAGCAUACCACCACAGUCUUCAACAUAUCGUUCUGCUCAGGAAUCUGCACCCCAUCUGUUGCAGCCACAGUUCAGUUUGUUGCCUUCAUCACUUGGAGGAGCUCAGCCAGCUCCACAGGUAUAUAGCCCAACUCUGUUUACCGGUUCUACUGCCUCCAUUGAAAGAGCACUGCAGAGAGAAUGUAGUGUAAUUAAACACCACCAGCGGCCUUCAAGCACACAGUCUGUUCAGGCACAACUGCCUGGUUCACAGCAUUCCUUAGAAAAUUUUUUAUCAAAUGCAGAUGGAACUGAUUUCCAAGAUACAUCUCAAGGGUCAUCCCUGUCUUGUAGCCCAGUUGCCGAUGCUACUCAGGGAAGCAAUAAUGGACCACAGCAAAAGACCUCUCAGGUUUCAGUGGAACUUGCUCAGUCAUACACGUCAGCAGUUCCAUCACCUGGUUUCCCAUCUGUUUCUACUACAAAAGCAAAACAGUGUCCUACAAAGCAGCCAUCAAGGUCAACAAAGACACCUAAGCCACAAAGUGUAGCCUCUGCUGUGCAGACUCAAAGCUAUUCCAAAACUGGACAGAGCCAGAACUCUGUAAUAGCAGGUCAAGCACAAAUCUAUUCUACAGCACAACUUCCAAGCCUGUUAUCAGUAAGCCAGUCACAAAAUUAUGUUUCAACACAGUCACAGAAUGUGCCAUCUGUCAGUCAUGCACAAGUAUUCUCAGCUAUCAAGCUUGAGAAGUUGCCACCUUUAUACAAAACUCUUGCUUUUGCUGGGCAGUCACAAGCUAUUACUUCUGAUAGCCAAACACUGAGUUAUUCAUCUGAGCAGCAGGUAUUAGGUUCAGUUUCAAAUGACAACUACUCUGCACAGACAAGAGAUCUUUCAGACAACCAAUCUCAAAAUUAUUCUUCUAGCCAUUCUCAGGGGUUGUCAACAGUUAGUCAACCACAAGUUAUCUUUUCAUCUCAAUCCCAGGUUUUGCCAGUAGUUAGUCCUUCAGAAACAUAUACAACAGGGCAGUCUAUAACAUUAACAUCACAAUCUCUUCCAUUUUCUUCCUCUUCUCAUGUUCAAAACUUGUCAGCAUCUAGCCCUCCCCAGAACUAUAUUUCUCUACAUUCUCAGGCACAAGAGUCAUCCUCUCCACAGUCUCAAAAGUUUUUACCAGUUGUCCAAUCAACUUUUAUAAUGCCAGCUCAUUCACAAGCAUUGCAGAACAGCUCUUCCUCAGAUACAAAAUCAUAUAUUAAAAGGAAAUCUGACCCUAAUUUAUAUCAAACAUCUAAACAAGAUGAUCAGUUCCCAAUGCAAGAUUUGCAGUCAUUGCAACAGCAAACAUCUCUUGAUUCCUCCCCUCAGAGGUUAGCUGAUAAUGACAUUAACACUCAGGAUACAACUUUCAAAGUUUCCAAAGUGGACACUCGAUAUUCUCAAAGUGUAAUCAGAAGUAACUCUCGUCUUGAAGAUCAAGUUGUUGGGCUUACUCUUCAGGGCUCAAAAAAGGAUGAAAGGAUGGUUAGCUCUGUAUCUCAACUUACCCAGCAAAUUGGCCAUAUCACUAAUGUAGUAAGCCAUGAUAUUAAAAAGGCAGCUAAUUUAUUGCCAGCCACCCAAGUAAGUAUGGAUGACAAAGAACUAAGCCAGCAGCAAUCUCUUCUGCAUAAGGUACAUGAAGCUAAAUCCUCAGAGCAACAGGGCCAUGUUACUAGCACACCAACACUGAUUAACACUCAAGCCAUAAGGCAUAGCCAUCAGCUGUGUUUGCCCAGUGCACAGGUACUUUUGGAAUCUGCCUGUGAUUUACAGAUGCUCCAGCAGUCAAUACUGCAGUCUAGCUUAGGGCAUACAAAAGCUUCUCCACAAGUGCAACGUAUUCAGAGUUCUCAGCAGAUGACCCACCAGUUUCUUCAGGUGGAUGGACAUUUGAUUCAGAGUAAUGGAGGACAUUCUCAGCAGCAGCUUCAUCCUCAAAGCUCUGACAUAAUAAAAAUGGACAUUUCUGAGUCAUCAAAGCCAAUACAGCAACAUUUGACAUCGAAAGAAAAUUUUGUGCACCCAAAUAAUGACUCUAAGAAUCAGUUUGUUACCCUUAGUUCUGUAUGUUUUCCAGAAUCUAUGCUGCUCAAUGAUGAGAGGAACAUACUAUCUAAUGUAGAUGAUAUCUUGGCAGCAACAGCUGUUGCUUGUGGUGUAACUCCAUCUGAAUUUGCCAAAUCAACCUCUAGUGAAGAAAUGCAGUCAGUUGAAAAUGGAGACAAUUCCAAGGUUCAGUUCCAGACAAUAGAUGUUAGACAUGUCACUCCAAGCUUCAGCUCCUCACCAGCAGUAGUUGGAAAGCCAUUGAGCAUAAACAAUAUUUCUUUGAAUGGAGGCCAGAUUACCCUAAACCUAACAGCAGUACAUACAGCACCAAAAACUGGAAGUGUUGAUGAACAACAUAUUGAUACUCCAGAUCAAGGUAUCUGUACUAGAGUUGCUACAUCAGAGUUUGAACAAACACAGCAACAGGCUUCUGGCCUAGUUAAGCAGCAGUCUAUCACAAAUAAUGACUCUGAAGGUAAAAACUACGUUCACAUGGAUGGUGUGCUAAAUGUUUCAAAUGGUAAGAUCCUAAAUGAAGAGACUGCAAGACUGAGUAGGGAUUGUAACAUGGAGGGUGACAACACUAUGACAGGAAACAAGGUCAAAGUUCCAUUACAUUCACUAUCUAUGCAACAUCUAGGAGAUGAAAACAGUAACAAAGCUGAAGACAAGAGCCAAGACUUGUUACAAGAGGACCUGCAGAAACAGAAGGAGAGGGGACAAAAUCAAAUUAAAAAUGAAGAUGAUGCAAAUCAAAAACAACUUAAGCGAAGUGGACAAUGUAAGCACCAGAAUUCAAGAGGAAGUGAUGCCAGCUUCCCAUAUUCGCCUGCUCCUGAAAGUUGUCAUGAAACUUACCAACAUCAAGAAAAAAUGAGGCAGAAAAUCAAAGAAGUAGAAGAAAAGCAACCAGAAGUCAGAACAGGAUUCAUUGCAUCUUUUUUAGAUUUCCUAAAAUCUGGACCUAGACAACAGCUUUCAGUUCCUGCUGUGCGUGUGCCGAAUCGUGUCAGGAGACCUGUUACAGCAGUUGUUAGAGCACCAUGUCCACAUACACUUUCAAACCCCCAAGCCCCAGCACCUCCUGCAUAUCCUGAAAGCAAUGGUCAAAGUUCAAACAAAAAGGGUAAUGAGGAACGAAAGAGAAAUUCAGAAGCAUUGCCCUCAUUUUCUUCUGAUGAAGAUUCGGUUGGAGGUAACCAGGAUCUUCAGAAGAGCAUUACAUCUGCCUUGUCAACUUUGACUGAUGAUUCUAAUAAAAAGAAAAAGUCAGGAAUGGAGAAAACUGUUUCUAAAAUUACUACCAAUGCUGUAAAGAAGGAGCCUUCCAGUUUAGCUAUUACUGUGCAAGAUGCUCAAGUAAAAACCUGUUCACCACAACUUGAAAAAGAGAGAGUUGUUACAGAUCAGUUAGCAAAAAAGCAGGCAACUGUUGCAAUAGAAGGCUGUACUGAGGAUGACAAUGGAGACAGUGGUGGUGAGGGCAUGUAUAGAGAACGUGAUGAAUUUGUAGUGAAGAUAGAAGAUAUAGAAUUACUAAAGGCUGCUUUAAAAACAGGAACAGAGCCUCCAGCCAUCUGGAAAGUUCAGAAAGCUUUGUUACAAAAGUUUGUUCCUGAAGUACGAGAUGGGCAGAGGGAAUUUACAGCUACUAAUAGUUAUCUUGGGUAUUUUGGGGAUGCAAAAUCAAAGUACAAACGGGUGUAUGUGAAGUUUAUAGAAAAUACAAACAAGAAAGAGUAUGUCAGAGUGUGUUCCAAGAGACCAAGAAACAAACCUGUACAGUCUGCAAGAACUGUCCAUUGUAAGCCAAGCACAAACAUCAACAAAGUUCCUGAUCCCCCGGCACCAAAAACUACAACAGUAACAACAAAAGUUUCUUCGAUGAAACCCAAAGCUAAACAGCCAAAGAUAAAGGCUGAGCCACCACCAAAGAAACGAAAAACAUGGAAGGAAGAAAUGCCUGCUACUCCUCAACUCCAAAGCGAUGAGGAAAGUAGACCCCACCCUAUCAAAAACACUGCACCUCCAGUUCCUGUUGUUGCUCGUUUUUUGAACACCAGAGCUAUGAAGGAAACAUUUAGGAGUUACAUGGAACUGCUUGUUAGCAUCGCCUUGGACCCAGAUACUAUGUUGGCAUUGGAGAAGAGUAAUGAUGAGCUACUUUUGCCACACAUGAGAAAAAUUGAUGGCAUGCUGAAUGACAGUAGAAAAAAGUUGCUCUCAAAAUUACGUUUGGAGCGCUCAUUCAAGGCUGCUUUGGAAAGCUUUCCUGAACUGACUAUAAUGACUCGUGAUUCUAAAACAAAAACAGGGGUGAGUGCAGUUUCUCGAAUCAAAAUGAAUGGGAAAGCUUAUAAUAAGAAAACACUGAAGAUUUCUAAAGCAACUACAAAAUUAGCACAGGAGUUUGCUGUAGAUCCAGAAAAAAUACCAUUAUGUUCUUUGUAUCAUUCACUCCAUCAUUACAAAUACCAUAUGUUUCUGAGGUGUAAAGUAGAGAUCUCUUCUGUUCAAAAGAAGAAUCUAGAUCUAGGCCAGGAGGAGAUUGUACAACAGUGUAUGAAAAAUAUGAAAUGGAUUGAAGAUCUCUUUGAGAAGUUUGGUGAACUUUUGAAUCAUGUACAGCAGAAAUGUUCAUAGCAAACUUUGUCCCCAACGUGACUGUUUUUCUGUCACACUCUUCAACAAAAACUGAAAGGUCAGAGAAGCUCUUCUUAGACUGAUCAUGCCAGACUCAAUUCUAGGUCAGAAGAAUUUGUGGUGUUCUUGGUUCGUGGGCUUCUGUUAUGGAAAAAUUAUGCUGCCAUGCACAUGAAACUACAAAGGAACCUCACUGCAUUUUUAACCUGAAGAAUGAUUUUUUUUCCUAUUUUGUAAACUCUUGUAUUGAAAUAACUUGCGUUUAUUUUUUGGCAAAUGAUCAAAGCAUGCACAAAACUUAUAUUUUGGGGCUGUGAUGAGAAUAACAAAAUAUCAUGGUCUUUUUCAGAAUCUCAACACUAGGAAGAGUCUGGAUGCUAAAUAUUUAGAGUCUUGAACAUUUUGAAAACACAGCUAGUAUGACAUGAAAGAAUAAUUGCCAUCACAAAUCCUGCUUUACUGACUAUUUUUACUUCUAUUAUGUUCAGAAGACUGGACAUGGAGCUGGUGCAAUCCUAUGACUGCUAUUUCGUGUCAAAUUAUAUUGUAAUGAAAAACAAUGACCUUAACUAUUUUCCCUGGGGAUUUUGAUGGGGGGAAAAACAUUUUCCUUUAUACUGUGCUUUUUUCCUCAAUUGGAAAAAAAAUGUACAUUUUAUCUCACUAACAGUUGUAUUUUUCACAGAGAAAAAAAAGGAUGGCUUAAAGUUGUUCCAUGUAUCUUUGUAAUACACUUCCCAUUGUUUUCAGUAAAUCUUGUUCAUUUUAUAUAUUAAUUUCAUAUUGUAAACGAUAUUAUCUUGAGAUAACCCUUUUGUUAUUCAGUACAGGUUUGCUUCAGUGUUAACCAGGAAUAAGACAUACUAGACUUUAUAAGUUUGCUUUAUGAGUAUAGUUGUGUUUAAACACUGCAUUUUAUUUUCUAAUACAUGAAAAUUCUUCAUUAAUUGACAGUUUCAGUGAACAGCUACUGCAUUUGUCUUCUGGACAAUAGGGAUUGGUGACUGAAUAAAAUAUAUGCAGUGUUGAACACAGCUGACAGUGAUUUUUUUUUUUUAAGAACUGGUAAUGGCAGAACUGUUUGCUUCUUGGUGCCUUUUAAAGUCAACAUACUUUUGCAGCUGUCUUUCUGCAGUAGGACCAGUAGUCUCAGACUACAAAUAUAUUAAACUCAAAUUGAUAGGAAACUUUCUUGAUUUGCCAACAGAUUGCCUUACUUCACAGUCACUAAUUCAAAGUGUAUAAGUCUUCUGCUUGGAAUUGUGAAAAGACUGAACGUAUUGUGUCAGAUAACAUACAGAAAUAAUUCAUUUGUCCUUUCACUGCCACUUAGUGCCUUAAUUUCAGCCAAGAAAGCAGGUCUCCUUAUUCACUAGCCAACCAGGAUAUUCUUGUAUGUAGCAUGGUGUCUUUUCCCUAAUUGUACAUAUGUUCAUUGCACCUUAGAUUUGUAAUGUAUAAUGAAGGGCUGUGAUUAUGAACAAUUAAAUUAGGAUUUCAAGGUUAUCAAAGGACAUUUUGAUCAUAUUGUGUCUGUUAUGAUAAGAGACAACUUCUGUAUUUUCAAAAGAUUUUUUUUUAUGUGGAUGUGAUACUCCUCAUUUCAUUUCUAUGAGGGAAGAAAAGAGUCAAUGAAAAUUUUGAUAAAUUCCCCAUUGGUGUUUGUCUUGCACUUUCUUUGUAAUCCGCUUGCCUUGAAAAAACCAGAUUCUUUACUGUGAUUGUGCAUACACUGAACCUCUGCUGGAGGAGUGGGUAAUAUAUGGCCUUCCAUAUCUUGGACUGCAAGGCCCAUCAGCCCUAGCCAGCAUAGUAAAAAAUAAGGGAUAAUAGGGAAUGCAGUCCAGCAAGAUCUGGAGGGUCACAGUUGUCCAUCCAUUGUACUGGUUCUUUAGGAAAUUUGGUGGUCUGAAACAUUGAUAUUGAGUGCAGCUCCUAUCAUACAACUCCAGUCCUGUACCAUGUUAGGGCUACAUCUGAGUACUCAGCUAAAAAUGACUCUGGUUUAUUAUCUGCCUGCAAAGAAGAAGGCAAUAUUGCUAAAGUUAUUGGAUUUCCAUUCAUUUCCUAAAUAAAAUUAACUUUCUACUACUUUAAGGCUGCACCUCAGUGUGGCUGGCUUUUGAGCUGACAUGUAUGUUGUGCUGUAAGUAAGGUAUGUGUUAGGACAUUAGACCGUUUUUUUUAAUAAUAGAGAUGUAAUAUUUUUAUUACACCAUGCAAAUACUCUAUUAAUUUGUAGGAGGUUAUGGGAGAAGAUUUUCCAAUAGGUUUUUGUCAGUAGGUACAGUGGAACCUUGCCUUACGCGAGGGAUCCGUUUCGGACCCACCCACCCACCCCCCGCCUAUGCUCAAGUCCCAUUAGACUGAAUGGGGCUCGUACAUGUGGUAGUGUGGCACACACAUGCAGUGGCCGUGCAUGCCAUAGGCAGUAUUACAGCGCAGCUUUUGCGUAAACAGGAAGCCGCGUAUGGCGCACCCGCAUAAGGAGCGGGCACGCUGUAUUUUGGAUUUAAUACCUGGAGGUUCACAAACAUAAACCAAAAAGCUUUUCUACAACAAAUUAGCAUUCAUCUCAACACUAGUUAAUGUAUACAGUAUACUUGAAACAUAUGAAGAGUUAGUAUUUAUAUAUAAAAUAAGCUACAUAUUUUAUGUUAUGCAGUCACUACAUAAAGUAGCAAUCAAACAAUACAAGUAGUUGUCUAGUAUUUCUUCUGUUCUUUAAAGAAAAUAAGUGAAACUUUCAGAGUUCUCUCAUUUCAACUAUGCCCCAAAUUUAGGUUCUUAGGGCAUUAUUGAAAAACUGUUUUAACUGAACAAAAGAACUAGGGAUUGUGUCCUGCAUAAAUAGUAAUUUCAGGAUGCAGUCCUAUCAGUACCAUAAAGGGUAAGCCUCACUGAAAUCAUUGGGACUUAUUUUCUGUGUAGAAUUGUGUUGUCAGUUUUCUCUUUCAUUUUUAGCAAGACUAGGCAGCAACUUGAGACCCAUCGUGGUGUAAUGGUUUGAGCAUUGGACUAAGACUCGAUUCCAGAGUUAGAAUCCAUGCUCAGCAAUGGAGUCCCAUUCAGUUUAUUUUACAGUUUCAGUGUAAAUUGGGCAAGUCACACUCUUUUCAGUUUUAGAGGAAGACAAGGGCAAACCACCUCUGAACACAUCUUGUCAAGGAAACCCAUGAUCAGUUUGCCCAUGUAGGGGCAUGGAGUAUGCAUGCUGGCUUCCCCUACGCUGGCCCAGUCGCACAGCGGGGGGCAUCACAAUGCUCCAUAAAUCAGAAAUGCCUUGAAGGCAUACAGCAACUGGUGACAAUUUUAUCACGUGAAGGAAAUGUGAGAAGUACCUUGGGAUUACAUAAAUGCAGCACAAAAUUUUUAUGUAUUUUACUAGAUAGGCCUUCUUUCUCAGAGAACUUUCACACAGCUUGCUUACCCUCAGUGUGAGUCAAAGAAGCUCUCUGCAUGGCAAAGAAUUUGGAUAUGUUUUAGAUUACAUUGUAUUGCUAUGCAGAACAUUGGCGAGGGCUGUUAACCCUCAUGGCUAUUUAUUGCACACAAAAAAAGGUUGGUGGUGAUAGUGCAACAAUAUUUCACAGUCAUCCAGAACUAUUGAUUAAUUUUUUUCAUUGAGAAGUCCCUAAUAAUCUUGCAGGAAAACACAGGGUUCCUUUGAAGAAAUGGAAAGCCAACUGAGGUAGUCAUUCAGAAUGAAGCAUUUUUAGGAAAACGCAGUGACAUUUGUGCAAAAUAAAGUAUCAACAAGGAUUUUAGGUAUUUGUGUCAACAAAUGAAAGGAGGGCAAAAUUAAUAGUUACCAUCCAGGGGCCAAAGUGCAAUCCUGCUUAAUAAUGGUUGUUCACAAUAUCAGUUUUCUUAGUAGGCUAAAACACCACAUGGAAUUCAGCCAUUAAUUAUGUAACAUAGAGCCACUACAGACUGGCGUUAUACUCCCAUGUAGGGGCAUGGAGUAUGCAUGCUGGCUUCCCCUACGCUGGCCCAGUCGCACAGUGGGGGGCAUCACAAUGCUCCGUUGGUGCAGCAUUUAAAUGAGCUGUGCCAAAAGAGCGCUGAAAAGCUGCCACAGCAGCUAGGGCGCUCUUUCCAUGGCACGAAAAGGAGCCGCUUUUUGUAGUUUCUUUUUGUGCCUUGGAAAGGCCAAAUCGGGGCCAUGGUGUGUAGCUGCCACGGCCCCAAUCCAUGAAGGAAAGGGGGGCGGCUGCAGGCCACUCCAAAAGGUCAGUCUGUUUAGCCCCAUAAACUACUAUUCUCUCUUUUCUUCCAUCUGGGAAGCUCUAUAAAUAGUAAUUUUGUGUUUAAAAUAAUGAUCCUUUGCAAAUUAAUCACACAAGCAGAUUUUUAAAAUAUUUGUACAGCAGACAUGUUGGUUAAAUACACUGAAAUUGUUGGGAAUGGCUUCUGUUUUAGUCUGUUUAGAACCAAUUAUACUUUAGCAGAGAGAGUACAUGCAAGAUUCACUCAGGCCAAUUUAUUCCCAGAAUAUCACAUGAAUACAAUACUGACGGGCUACAGAAGCACAGUAAACUGCGAAUGUAACAACUGGUAUCAAAACAAGCUCUAAAUUACUACAUGGUGAGGUUGGCAUUCCAACAAGCAUUGUUUAUGCUUUCUUUGCUUUAGUUGUAACUUCUCUAAUCCAGGAGUGGAGAACAUAUGGUGUCCCAGAUGUUGGCCUGUAAUUCUAAUCAUCUUUAAACAUUGUCUAUGCUGACUAGGGCUGAUGGUAGGUGCAAUCCAGAAACAUUCAGUGGGGCACCGCCUGCUCAAAUUUCUGGUUGUAGAACUGAUACAAGUGAGUUCUAAAACAAUAUUUACCUGGAAGUUAUAUCUUUUUUCCUUUUGCUUUAAGUAAUAUAUGUUACGAAGGAAACUCAAAAGUGUCUUCCAAUAAACAGUCUUAAUAGAGGAAAUAUAUUUUAAAUAUUUAAAAUUUUACAGCUAUUUAAUUUAAAAAUGAAUAAGCCAAAACUUUUAGGAAACUAAAAAUCAAUGUAUAGAUGACAAUUCAGUGUUUGGCAUCUAACACUAGCAUACCUUUUUGUAUAGUAUUAUACAGUGCACAUCCUAUAUGUACCCUAUUUAAGUUAAUGUUCACAAAUGCAUGUUAAUUCCUAUCCUCUAUAUACAGUAAUGCAAAAAAAAAAAAAAAAAAAUAGGCUGGGACUAAUGGGAGAUAUGCUUUUAAGUCCCGUUUCAGGUGGUCCACAAUAAAUGUAUAGAGUUACGGAAAAGUCACAUUUUUUGUAUUGUUGAUUUGAUGUUACUAAACUCAUUAAAGUGGAAAAAAACUUUUUUUAAAA